AAAAAAAAAGUAAAUAAUAAAAUAUUGAAAAUUUAAAAAAUUUAACAAAAAGAAAUAAAAAAAAAACGAAGCGUGAGGUGGAAGAAAAAAUUUGGCGGUCGGGAUGCGGCACACGGGGCCUCUGAGUUCCAGGUAACACGUGGUGGUAUCAUUCCUCGCUCAUUAGGUAAACGCGUUUCAGCAAGAGGCUGAGACCACCAGGAUGCCAGGGGUGUGGAAGUUACUACGUUUAAUCAUCUACACGGUGGUUAGUUUGAGAUACGUUGUAAACGGCGGUGACAUCUGGCCACUGGAGAGGCCAGAGGGCAUGCCUGCAAUUCAAUCACUGGAGGUGAUGUGUGGUAAAGAUCACAUGGAUGUACAUUUAUCCUUUUCUCAACCAUUUGAAGGUAUUGUUUCAUCAAAAGGACAACAUGCUGAUCCAAGAUGUGUUUAUGUACCACCAUCAACUGGUCAAACAUUUUUUACAUUCCGAAUAGCUUAUGCAAGAUGUGGUACUAAACCAGAUAUGCAUGGUCAAUUUUAUGAAAAUACAGUUGUUGUACAAUAUGACAAAGAUUUACUUGAAGUAUGGGAUGAAGCUAAAAGAUUAAGAUGUGAAUGGUUCAAUGAUUAUGAAAAAACAGCAUCAAAACCACCAAUGGUCAUUGCUGAUCUUGAUGUCAUUCAACUUGACUUUCGUGGUGAUAAUGUUGACUGCUGGAUGGAAAUUCAGCAUGGUAAAGGGCCUUGGGCACCACCCGUAUCCGGUAUUGUACCACUUGGCUCAACGCUUACAUUGGUCGUUGCCAUAAACGACUACAGAGGUGAAUUUGACAUGCGUGUUAAAUCAUGCGUUGCAUCAGAUGGUGGUGGACAUACAAUACAAUUAAGUGAUGAACUUGGUUGCGUGCUGAGACCAAAGAUGAUCAGUCGAUUUUUAAAAGCACGUGGUUCUGAUGAUCGUGCGACAGUCAUCACUUAUGCUUUCUUUCAUGCAUUUAAAUUUCCUGAUGCACUUAGUGUACAUAUUAAAUGCAAGGUUGAAAUAUGUAGACACGGUUGCCUGGAUCACUGUCAACAAAAUUCAGCACCUGGUCAUUAUAUACAAGACCGCAAUGAUCAUCCUGGAAGACCACUUUAUCCACAAACAACUCAAACCACAACAGUACAUGAAGAUGACACAUCACUGUACGAUGAUAUUAUACAAAAUGGUGAUGAGAUGGCCUCAAUUGGUGGACAAUUUUUACGUGUUGAAAAAUCAUCACCAAAAGCACAAGCACAAACAAGUAAUAAUCAUAAUCCAGCUCCAAUUAUUGAAAUACCUGAUGAAGCAAGACCAGAUGAACCAGAAAUAACACAUCCAUUUUUGCAAGAUCCACCAAGAGUAACACGUUACGAGGGUGAAGAACAAUUUCCUCAUGGACCAAGAAAUUUAGAGGAAGAUGAUGUGACAGUAAGCACAGUAUCAUCAAAUGGUAGUCGACGUAGACGACGAUCAGUUAAAAUAUCUGAUCGUAAAGCAAGAUCAGCUGAUGUUGGUGUUAGUGGUAUUUAUGAAGUUAUAUCUGAAGCUGAUCUUGCAUUUAGUCCUGAUACACAUGCUGAAGCUGUAACUGUAUUUCAAGGACGUAUUAGAGAAGAAGUUGUUUAUGGUAUAUGUUUACCAAUGCCAGGUUUUAGUGCACUUUUUAUUAUUGUUGCAUUAUCAGCAGUACUAUCGGCAUUAGUUGCUGGUGCAAUGCUUCACAGACUACAGGUACGACGUGAACAAGCAGGAAAUCAAAAGAAUCAAGCUGUUGUUGCUAAUGGCUGGCUACCAUACGGAUUAUUACGUGUCAGAUGCACUCCUCGUGCACAACAGCAUGAACAGAGAAUUCAAAAACAAGAAGUCACCGGAAAUCCGGUUGAGUGAGGUCAAAUUAUAAAGAAAAAAAAAAAAAAAUACAUAAUCAAAAAUAGAAAAAAAAAAGAAAGAAAUAUUAAUUUUUUUUUUUUUAAACAAAUCAACUUAGUACGUGUCUUGAGGAUGUUCUUUCUUUUUUUUUUUUUUUUCAUUUUCUCAUUUUCUUUUACAAUGAAAUAUCUUGGAAGCAUCAUCAUCAUCAUCAUCAUCAUCCUCGAGACUGUGAGACGAGAGGAGUGCCUGCUUUGUCGAUAUAUAAAAAAAAAUAAAUAAAUAAGCAAACCAAUGCCGUCGAGAGCGACAAUGUGCAAUAAUACUGUACAAAGUAUCCUAAGCGCGUUAAAAUGAAAAGAAAAAAAAAAAAAAGAAAAAGAAGAUCGAGUCUAGAAAUUAUUAUUUCUCAAUAGAAAAUAAUUCUCAUAUUAAUUAUUAAGUUAUACUUAUUAAUUUUUCUAUUAUAAUAGGAUGAGCGUUUUAUUUGAUGGUUUUUUUUAUUCUACUUAAAACAAUUUUGAGUUUUUAGUCAGUAUUCCGACUCUGAUGGAUCGAUCAUAUUCAGCAACAAGUUAUUCAUCGAUCUGUAGUCCGCAUAACAAAGGCA